AUGACAGCUUUUACAACUGAUUCAUCAGAGGAUGAUUCAACAGAGGAGACUGAACUGUCAACUUUAGGAAUUGCUAACCAACCAGCUACAGCCAUUACAGCAGAACCAACUACAGGAAUUAAAUCUGGGUUCACUUUAGAGGACUCAACUACAGAUUUUACUGAUACAUUAACUACUGAAGAGGCAUUGGAAUCCACAAAAGCAUUUACAUCAAAAACAUCUAAAAAUUUCACAGAAGAAUCAACAGCUUUUACAACUGAUUCAUCAGAAGAGGAUUCAACGGAAGACACUGAACUGACAACUACAAGAAUAACUGAUCAAACAGCUACAGCCAUAACAUCAGAAUCAACUACAGGAAUAACUGAUCAAACAGCUACAGUCAUAACACAACAUUUAACUACUGAAGAGGUUAUGGAAUUGACAACAGCAUUUCCACCAGACAGCUCCCAAAAUGUCACUGAAGAUUCAACAGCUUUUACAACUGAUUCAUCAGAAGAGGAUUCAACAGAAGACACUGAGCUGACAACUACAGGCAUAACUGAUCAAACAGCUACAGUCAUAACACCAGAAUCAACUACAGGAAUGACUGAUCAAACAGCUACAGUCAUAACACCACAAUUAACUACUGAAGAAGCACUGGAUUCGACAACAGCAUUUACAUCAGACAUCUCCCAAAAUGUCAUUGAAGUAUCAACAGCUUUUACAACUGAUUCAUCAGAGGCGGAUUCAACAGAAGACACUGAGCUGACAACUACAGGAAUAACUGAUCAAACAGCUGCAGUCAUAACACCAGAAUCAACUACAGAAAUAACUGAUCAAACAGCUACAGCCAUAACAACACAAUUCACUACUGAAGAAGCACUGGAUUCAACAACAGCAUUUACACCAGACCUCUCCCAAAAUGUCACUGAAGAAUCAACAGCUUUUACAACUGAUUCAUCAGAAGAGGAUUCAACAGAAGACACUGAAAUGACAACUACAGGAAUAACUGAUCAAACAGCUACAGCCAUAACACCAGAAUCAACUACAGGAAUAACUGAUCAAACAGCUACAGUCAUAACACCACAAUUAACUACUGAAGAAGCACUGGAUUUGACAACAGCAUUUACAUCAGACAUCUCCCAAAAUGUCACUGAAGAAUCAACAGCUUUUACAACUGAUUCAUCAGAAGAGAAUUCAACAGAAGAGACUGAAAUGACAACCACAGGAAUAACUGAUCAAACAGCUACAGUCAUAACACCAGAAUCAACAACAGUAAUGACUGAUCAAACAGCUAUAGUCAUAACACCACAUUUAACUACUGAAGAGGUUCUGGAAUUGACAACAGCAUUUACAUCAGACACCUCCCAAAAUGUCACUGAAGAAUCAACAGCUUUUACUACUGAUUCAUUAGAGGAGGAUUCAACAGAAGACACUGAGCAGACAACUACAGGAAUAACUGAUCAAACAGCUAUAGUCAUAACACCAGAAUCAACUACAGGAAUGACUGAUCAAACAGCUACAGUCAUAACACCACAAUUAACUACUGAAGAAGCACUGGAUUCGACAACAGCAUUUACAUCAGACAUCUCCCAAAAUGUCAUUGAAGUAUCAACAGCUUUUACAACUGAUUCAUCAGAGGCGGAUUCAACAGAAGACACUGAGCUGACAACUACAGGAAUAACUGAUCAAACAGCUGCAGUCAUAACACCAGAAUCAACUACAGAAAUAACUGAUCAAACAGCUACAGCCAUAACAACACAAUUCACUACUGAAGAAGCACUGGAUUCAACAACAGCAUUUACACCAGACCUCUCCCAAAAUGUCACUGAAGAAUCAACAGCUUUUACAACUGAUUCAUCAGAAGAGGAUUCAACAGAAGACACUGAAAUGACAACUACAGGAAUAACUGAUCAAACAGCUACAGCCAUAACACCAGAAUCAACUACAGGAAUAACUGAUCAAACAGCUACAGUCAUAACACCACAAUUAACUACUGAAGAAGCACUGGAUUUGACAACAGCAUUUACAUCAGACAUCUCCCAAAAUGUCACUGAAGAAUCAACAGCUUUUACAACUGAUUCAUCAGAAGAGAAUUCAACAGAAGAGACUGAAAUGACAACCACAGGAAUAACUGAUCAAACAGCUACAGUCAUAACACCAGAAUCAACAACAGUAAUGACUGAUCAAACAGCUAUAGUCAUAACACCACAUUUAACUACUGAAGAGGUUCUGGAAUUGACAACAGCAUUUACAUCAGACACCUCCCAAAAUGUCACUGAAGAAUCAACAGCUUUUACUACUGAUUCAUUAGAGGAGGAUUCAACAGAAGACACUGAGCAGACAACUACAGGAAUAACUGAUCAAACAGCUAUAGUCAUAACACCACAGUUCACUACUGAAGAAGCACUGGAUUCGACAACAGCAUUUACAUCAGACAUCUCCCAAAAUGACACUGAAGAAUCAACAGCUUUUACAACUGAUUCAUCAGAAGAGGAUUCAACAGAAGACACUGAGCUGACAACUACAGGAAUAACUGAUCAAACAGCUACAGUCAUAACACCAGAAUCAACAACAGGAAUAACUGAUCAAACAGCUACAGACAUAACACCACAUUUAACUACUGAAGAGGUUCUGGAAUUGACAGCAGCAUUUACAUCAGACACCUCCCAAAAUGCCACUGAAGAAUCAACAGCUUUUACAACUGAUUCAUCAGAAGAGGAUUCAACAGAAGACACUGAGCUGACAACUACAGGAAUAACUGAUCAAACAGCUACAGCCAUAACACCGCAUUUAACUACUGAAGAAGCACUGGAUUCGACAACAGCAUUUACAUCAGAAAUCUCCCAAAAUGUCACUGAAGAAUCAACAGCUUUUACAACUGAUUCAUCAGAAGAGGAUUCAACAGAAGACACUGAGCUGACAACUACAGGAAUAACUGAUCAAACAGCUACAGUCAUAACACCAGAAUCAACUACAGGAAUAACUGAUCAAACAGCUAUAGUCAUAACACCACAGUUCACUACUGAAGAAGCACUGGAUUCGACAACAGCAUUUACAUCAGACAUCUCCCAAAAUGCCACUGAAGAAUCAACAGCUUUUACAACUGAUUCAUCAGAAGAGGAUUCAACAGAAGACACUGAGCUGACAACUACAGGAAUAACUGAUCAAACAGCUACAGCCAUAACACCGCAUUUAACUACUGAAGAAGCACUGGAUUCGACAACAGCAUUUACAUCAGAAAUCUCCCAAAAUGUCACUGAAGAAUCAACAGCUUUUACAACUGAUUCAUCAGAAGAGGAUUCAACAGAAGACACUGAGCUGACAACUACAGGAAUAACUGAUCAAACAGCUACAGUCAUAACACCAGAAUCAACAACAGGAAUAACUGAUCAAACAGCUACAGACAUAACACCACAUUUAACUACUGAAGAGGUUCUGGAAUUGACAACAGCAUUUACAUCAGACACCUCCCAAAAUGCCACUGAAGAAUCAACAGCUUUUACAACUGAUUCAUCAGAAGAGGAUUCAACAGAAGACACUGAGCUGACAACUACAGGAAUAACUGAUCAAACAGCUACAGCCAUAACACCGCAUUUAACUACUGAAGAAGCACUGGAUUCAACAACAGCAUUUACACCAGACAUCUCCCAAAAUGUCACUGAAGAAUCAACAGCUUUUACAACUGAUUCAUCAGAAGAGGAUUCAACAGAAGACACUGAAAUGACAACUACAGGAAUAACUGAUCAAACAGCUACAGUCAUAACACCAGAAUCAACAACAGGAAUAACUGAUCAAACAGCUACAGACAUAACACCACAUUUAACUACUGAAGAGGUUCUGGAAUUGACAACAGCAUUUACAUCAGACACCUCCCAAAAUGUCACUGAAGAAUCAACAGCUUUUACUACUGAUUCAUUAGAGGAGGAUUCAACAGAAGACACUGAGCAGACAACUACAGGAUUGACUGAUCAAACAGCUACAGACAUAACACCAGAAUCAACUACAGGAAUAACUGAUCAAUCAGCUACAGUCAUAACACCACAAUUAACUACUGAAGAAGCACUGGAUUUGACAACAGCAUUUACACCAGACAUCUCCCAAAAUGUCACUGAAGAAUCAACAGCUUUUACAACUGAUUCAUCAGAAGAGAAUUCAACAGAAGAGACUGAAACGACAACCACAGGAAUAACUAAUCAAACAGCUACAGUCAUAACACCAGAAUCAACAACAGGAAUAACUGAUCAAACAGCUACAGACAUAACACCACAUUUAACUACUGAAGAGGUUCUGGAAUUGACAACAGCAUUUACAUCAGACACCUCCCAAAAUGUCACUGAAGAAUCAACAGCUUUUACUACUGAUUCAUUAGAGGAGGAUUCAACAGAAGACACUGAGCAGACAACUACAGGAUUGACUGAUCAAACAGCUACAGUCAUAACACCAGAAUCAACUACAGGAAUAACUGAUCAAACAGCUAUAGUCAUAACACCACAGUUCACUACUGAAGAAGCACUGGAUUCGACAACAGCAUUUACAUCAGACAUCUCCCAAAAUGCCACUGAAGAAUCAACAGCUUUUACAACUGAUUCAUCAGAAGAGGAUUCAACAGAAGACACUGUGCUGACAACUACAGGAAUAACUGAUCAAACAGCUACAGCCAUAACACCGCAUUUAACUACUGAAGAAGCACUGGAUUCGACAACAGCAUUUACAUCAGACAUCUCCCAAAAUGUCACUGAAGAAUCAACAGCUUUUACAACUGAUUCAUCAGAAGAGAAUUCAACAGAAGAGACUGAAAUGACAACCACAGGAAUAACUGAUCAAACAGCUACAGUCAUAACACCAGAAUCAACAACAGGAAUAACUGAUCAAACAGCUACAGACAUAACACCACAUUUAACUACUGAAGAGGUUCUGGAAUUGACAACAGCAUUUACAUCAGACACCUCCCAAAAUGUCACUGAAGAAUCAACAGCUUUUACUACUGAUUCAUUAGAGGAGGAUUCAACAGAAGACACUGAGCAGACAACUACAGGAUUGACUGAUCAAACAGCUACAGCCAUAACACCAGAAUCAACUACAGGAAUAACUGAUCAAACAGCUAUAGUCAUAACACCACAGUUAACUACUGAAGAAGCACUGGAUUCGACAACAGCAUUUACAUCAGACAUCUCCCAAAAUGCCACUGAAGAAUCAACAGCUUUUACAACUGAUUCAUCAGAAGAGGAUUCAACAGAAGACACUGAGCUGACAACUACAGGAAUAACUGAUCAAACAGCUACAGCCAUAACACCGCAUUUAACUACUGAAGAAACACUGGAUUCGACAACAGCAUUUACAUCAGACAUCUCCCAAAAUGUCACUGAAGAAUCAACAGCUUUUACAACUGAUUCAUCAGAAGAGGAUUCAACAGAAGACACUGAAAUGACAACUACAGGAAUAACUGAUCAAACAGCUACAGUCAUAACACCAGAAUCAACAACAGGAAUAACUGAUGAAACAGCUACAGACAUAACACCACAUUUAACUACUGAAGAGGUUCUGGAAUUGACAACAGCAUUUACAUCAGACACCUCCCAAAAUGUCACUGAAGAAUCAACAGCUUUUACUACUGAUUCAUUAGAGGAGGAUUCAACAGAAGACACUGAGCAGACAACUACAGGAAUGACUGAUCAAACAGCUACAGCCAUAACACCAGAAUCAACUACAGGAAUAACUGAUCAAACAGCUACAGCCAUAACACCGCAUUUAACUACUGAAGAAGCACUGGAUUCGACAACAGCAUUUACAUCAGACAUCUCCCAAAAUGUCACUGAAGAAUCAACAGCUUUUACAACUGAUUCAUCAGAAGAGGAUUCAACAGAAGACACUGAGCUGACAACUACAGGAAUAACUGAUCAAACAGCUACAGUCAUAACACCAGAAUCAACUACAGGAAUAACUGAUCAAACAGCUACAGACAUAACACCACAUUUAACUACUGAAGAGGUUCUGGAAUUGACAACAGCAUUUACAUCAGACACCUCCCAAAAUGUCACUGAAGAAUCAACAGCUUUUACUACUGAUUCAUUAGAGGAUUCAACAGAAGACACUGAGCAGACAACUACAGGAAUAACUGAUCAAACAGCUACAGUCAUAACACCAGAAUCAACUACAGAAAUAACUGAUCAAACAGCUACAGCCAUAACAACACAAUUCACUACUGAAGAAGCACUGGAUUCAACAACAGCAUUUACAUCAGACAUCUCCCAAAAUGUCACUGAAGAAUCAACAGCUUUUACAACUGAUUCAUCAGAAGAGGAUUCAACAGAAGACACUGAAAUGACAACUACAGGAAUAACUGAUCAAACAGCUAUAGUCAUAACACCACAUUUAACUACUGAAGACAUUCUGGAAUUGACAACAGCAUUUACAUCAGAAAUCUCCCAAAAUGUCACUGAAGAAUCAACAGCUUUUACAACUGAUUCAUCAGAGGAGGAUUCAACAGAAGACACUGAAUUGACAACAACAGGAAUAACUGAUCAAACCACUACAGCCAUAACACCAGAAUCAACUACAGGAAUUACAGCUGUGUUCACCUUAGAAGAAUCAACUACAGAUUUUAAUGGUACGCUAACUACUGAAGAGUCACUGGAAACCACAAAAGCAUUUACAUCAGAAAUAUCCACACGCAUCACUAAAGGACCUACAACAACAUUUACAGCUGAAUCAAAUACUGUUUCUACAGUGGAAUCCACAGCAGAAGUGUUAAAGGCAUCAACUCUAGGAUUUACUGAUCAAUCAUCUUCAACCAUCACAACAGAAUCAGCUACAGAAGUGACAGCUGAAUUUACUACUGAAGAGUUAGCUACAGAUUUCACUGAUGUGUCAUCUGCAGGAUUAGCAUCACAAUCCACAACAGCAUUUACACCAGAAACAAACACUAAAGUCACUGCAGAAUCCACAACAGCAUUUAAUGAUAAAUCAACCACAGUGUUCCCAGACUUGUCAACUACUCCUACUAUUGUGGAAUCCACAACAGGAGUAACACAAGUAUCAAACACAGAUUUCACAGAUUCUUUAAUGACAGCUACCACCACAGCAUCCACAACAGAAUUUACUCAGAAAACAAGUACAGGAAAUACUGCUCAGUCACCUACAACCAUAACAAAAGAAUCAGCUACAGAAAUGACAGCUGAAUUUACCACAGAAGAAUCAGCAACUACUGGAAUUAUUGAUCAAUCACAUACAGCCAUAACAUCAGUAUCAGCCGCAAGUGACACAACAAAAUCCACAACGUUUACUUUUGAAUCGACCACAGAGUUCCCAGAUUCUUCAACAACAGCAACCACCACAAAAGAAUCAGCUACAGGUUUAACACAUUUGUCAACUACUGGAGUAGCACCAGAAUCUACAACAGCAUCCACAACAGCAUUUGAAAUAUCUAAAAGUGUCACUGAAGAAUCAUCAACAGCAUUAACGGCUGAUUUAACAGAGAAGACUGAACUGUCAACUGUUAGAAUAACUGAUCAAUCACCUACAGCCUUAACUCCAGGAUCAGCCUCAAGUGUUACAACAGAAUACACAACACCAUUUACUUCUGAAUUGACCACAGAGUCCCCAGAUUUGUCAAUUACUGCUCCUACAGUGAAAUCCACAAAAGGAAUAACAGAAGCAUCAACCACAGUCUUCACAAAGUCAUCACCUUCAGGUUCCACUAUAGAGUCCACAACAGUGUUUACAGAGAAAUCAAGUGUAGGAAUUACCGAUCAAUCAACAAGCACCACACCAGAAUCAACAACAGGGAUCAACUCCACAUCAGCAAUUAGAACAGCGGGAUCAACUACUGGUGUCACAGCAGUGCCCACAGAAAUUGCUACAGAUACAAUUAAUGAUUUUACAUCGCAGUCCACUACAGGAAACAGCAGAGAAGAAACAACAGUUAUCAUAACUGAGCCUGGAGAAACAAAUGCCGUUAUCACAUCAAGGACUACAGCAGGUAUCACAGUAGAACCAGUGACAUCAGUGGACACAACAUUACCCCACACUCCAUUUGCUACCACAGAGGGCACUCCAACAUCUGUCAGUACAACAACUGUCUCACCUGAAACAUCCUUGUUAUCAAUACAAUCUUCAACCCAACAACCAACAAAUGGAGUGGAACUCACUACGACAACAAUCAAGCCUACACUUAAAACUACAACACUGCUUAAAACUACAGUGCCUGUGAGGUUCACCAGCGAUGAAACUUUUGAUCCCGCACUGUUGGACACAACUUCACCCACAUUUAAAAAACGAGAACAAAGAGUCAAAGAUGACUUUUUGACGAUCUUAAGUAAAGCAUUCCAAUCCUUCAUCGAAUUGACAGUUAUCCGGUUCCGUGCUGGAUCAGUCAUCACAGAUAUGGAUUUAAUAUUCAGGAUGGACAUCUUUUUACCUACUGAUGAAGAGAUAAGAAAUAUUAUACUCAAUGCCUCCACUACAUUUAAUAUCACCAGUGUAGAGGUCAGGCCAAAAGAUGACCUUACAACUACAACAAAUCCUUCUACAACUACUUUCAAACAAACACUUGAACCAACAACAACACCCCAACAAACAGUAUCUGCAAUCCAACACACUUCAACCCAUCCUACAGUUACAACAACAGCCCAGGAGACAAACAGUGCUCAUACUACUACACGGAUGACAGCAACAACUGUAUUCCAACCUACAACUAUGAUUCAGCCUGCAACAAUAUCUGCAUCACAACCUGCAACAUCUUCAACCCAGCCUAUGCUUUCAGCAACUGCCCAGACUACAAAUACAGCCCAGACCACAACUACACAGAAACCUACACAAACUCCAACCAAGCUUCUAAGUAUAACCCAUCCAACAAUGACUACAUCAAAGCCUGCAACAGAUAAAGCAACGCCUGCAACAGCUAAAACCCAGACUACAACAACUCAGCCACAAACAGUUACAAGUUUAUCAAAACUGACAGGUAUACAUGAAAGUACAAUUAUAUCUACAACCAUAUCCACAACAGCUGCAAUCCAGUCAACAAUUACAACACAAUCUACAGUUACAGCAACAGCCCAUGGUACAAAUAUAGUCCAGACAACAACUGUAUUCAAACCUACAACUACAAUCCAGCCAGUAAUUAAAACACACCCAAUGAUAUCUACACCACAACCUGACACAGCUACAACUCAGCCUAGUGUUACAACAGUCCACCCUACAAAUGCAGCCCUGACAACAACAAUACACCCACCUAUACCAAAAACAACACAGAAAAUAAUAUCCCAGCCUGCAACAUCCACAACCAAGCCUGCAACAGCUAUAACUCAGUCUACAGUUACAACAACUGCUGAGCCGACAAAUGCAGCCCAGACCACAACAAUACCCCCACCUUUACCAACCACAUCCCUGAAAAUAAUACCCCAUCCUGAAACAGCUACAACCGAGCCUUCAACAGUUCAAACUCAGCCUAGUGUUACAACAACUGCCCAGCCUACAAAUGCAGCCCACAUCACAACUACAUCACCACUUAUAACAACUACAAUCCAGAAUAUAUCCCAGCUGUCAACAGCUACAACAAUGCCUGCAACUGCUACUCCUCAGUUUACAGUUACAACAACUGUCGGGCCUACAAAUGCAUUACAGUCCACAACUACAUCCAGACCUUCACCAACUACAACCCAUAAAAUAAUAUCCCAGCCUGCAACAGCUACAACUAAGCCUUCAACACUUCCAACUCAGCCUAGUUAUAGAACAACUCCCCAGACUACAAAUACAGCCCACAUCAUAACUACUUCCCAAUUUAUACCAACUACAAUCCAGAAUACAUCCCAGCCGUCAACAGCUACAACUAAGCCUGCAACAGCUACUCUUCAGUCUACAGUUACAAAAACUGUCGGGCCUACAGAUGCAGCCCAGACUACAACUACAUCCCCACAUAUACAAACCACAAUACAGCCAAAAAUAUCCCAGCCUGCAGCAGCAACAACCAAGCCUGCAACAGUUACUACUCAGUCUACAGUUACAACAACUAUCCAGUUUACAAAUGCAGCCCAGACCACAACUAAAUCCCCUCCUAUCCAAACCACAAUAUCCCAGCCUGCAACAACUACAACCAAGCCUGCAACAGCUACAAUUCAGCCUAGUGUUACAACAACUGCCCAGCCUACAAAUGCAGCACAGACCACUACUACGUCCCCACAUAUACCAACUACAACACCAAAAAUAUUCCAACUGUCAACAGCUACAACCAAACAUGCAACAGCUAUUAUUCAGUCUACAGUUCCAACAACUGCCCAGUCUCCAAAUGGAGCCCAGACCACAACUACAUCCCCAGCUAAACAAACCACAAUACAGCCAAUAAUUUCCCAGCCUGCAACAGCAACAACCAAGCCUGCGAUAAAUACAGCUCAGCCUAGUGUUACAACAACUGCUGGGCCUACAAAUGCUGUCCAAACCACAACUACAUCCUCAUCUUUACCAACUACAGUUCAGAAAAUAUCCCAGCAGUCAACAGCUACAACCAAGCCUGCAACAGCUGCAACACAGCCUGCAGCUUCAUCCACAUCUGCAGCUCUAACAAUUAGAUCCCAGCCAACAGCUGCAACCCAGCCAAAAACAUCUACAACCCAGCCUACAAAAACUGCAACCCAGUUUGCACUUAAAACUACAACACAGUCUAAAGCUUCUACCCAACCAACAGUAACUAUGUCACCAUCCACAACAACUAUAAGAAAGCCUGUAAUGACACCAACAACUGGAACCCAAUCUACAACUUCAACCCCACUUAAAACAGAAAUCCAACUCACUACCACAACAGCCAAGCCUACAGUUAAAACUACAGAGCCGACAACUGCAACCCAGCCAACAAUAAAUACAUUGAAACCUACAACAACUAAAACCCAGCUAAUAACUUCACCUACAACCAAACCUAGAAAUACAAGCCAGUCUGUAGCUUCAACUAUAACCCUGCCAAAAACAGCACCCCAUUUCACCACAACUACAACUCAUUCCACAGUAAAUAAAUUGAAACCCACAACAACUAAAUCCCAGCCUACAACUACACGUACAAACCAAUCUAUAUCUUCAUAUACGACAUCAAGAAAAACACCGGCCAAACCCACCACAACUACAAACAAGCCUACACUUCAAACAACAACACCCCUCACAACUACAGUCACUGUCAGGUUUACCAGCAAUGAAACCUUUGAACCAGCGCUGUCUGACUCAAAUUCAGAAACCUUUAAAAUACGAGAAAGAAGAGUCAAAUAUGAGUUUGAGCCAAUCUUUAGAAACAUAUUCCACUUCUUCAUCAGAUUGACAGUUAUUCGGUUCCGUCCUGGAUCAGUUGUCACAGAUAUGAAUUUAGAAUUCAGGAAGGAUAGCUUAUUGCCCAGUGAUAAUGGGAUCAGUAGCGUUAUCCUCAAUGCUACCACUACGUUUAAGAUCACAAGUGCACAGGUCAGGCCAAAUGAUGACCCUUCAACUACAACAAAACCCACUACGCGCAAACCAACAACUACAACCAAACCUACUACAACAACUACAACCAAACCUACUACAACAACUAGCAAACCCGCUGCAGCAAAACCAACCACCAAACGUCCAACGACAACCACCACCACCACCACUACUACUACUAUAACCACAACAACAGCAGUUCCAACACGUCCUCCACCAGUUGUAACCAUAGACUUGAUCAUUUUACAAAUAUUUGUUAUAGAGCUUGCAAACCCGCAAAGUCCAGAAUUUAAGAAACUAGCAUUUCAAAUUGAAUUUGAGUUUGACAAAAUCUAUAAAAAGAAGUAUGGACCUCUUUUCAUCAGGGUUAUUGUGAUUGCUUUCAGAGGUGUUACCAGAACCCGGAUGCAACAAAAUGUGGAGGCAGAGCUUGAGUUAGUGUUUAACGAAACCUCCACUGAACCCAUCCCAAGCAACAAUGACAUUGUGACUACUCUGAAAGAGGCAGUGUCAACGCCAGGCUUCAACCUCUCUGUUGUUGCUGAAUCUAUCAGUGUUAUCAAAUCACUGCAGAUCAUUCCUUUGACCAUCUUGACCAAUGGCUCCUUUGUUGCUGCUCUCUCAAACACAAGUUCAAUGGAAUUUCGAAACAGGGCAUCAAUGAUAAAAUCAGGGCUUGAACCCUUUUUCACUGCUGAUUAUCCAACAUCAUUCACUGUACUAUCUACAACACAAUUCAGUAAUGCCAGUGCAAAAUCAAAGAGUGUGCCCAUGAUUCAAAACUCCAUAGACCUCACUUUUGCAGCGAACUCCAAUCUACCCAACAGUACGCAGAUAGUGAACACUAUAGUCCGAGCAGCCUACAACAACUCCUUACCCUUCCAGAUCUUCACGUCUUCCAUUGUGAUUAAUGGCACAGCAUAUUCAUCAAGUGAAGUCACUAGCAGGAUCAGUGUGUCAACUGCUUCAAUCCUGGUUGCCGUGUCACUUCUGGUCACAUGGUUUGACUGACAAUAGACACACAUGUCCUGACUCCAACAGGUCUGAAUGUGGCCUUCAGUGCCGCUCACAUGAAAGAAUAUCACAUAUAUGAAGAAGAUACUACAGUAAUAUUUUACAUAAUCAUGCUGAAAAUUACAAACAAGACUUUGAAGGAUUCCAUUCCAGCUCUGGUUCUGUAUAUACCUUCACAACCUUGCAUGUUUGCACAUAUGUUUAAUGAAAUGUCUGUCUCUGAACAAACCAACACAAAAAGAUCACUUUUUUCACUAUCAUCACAAGAAAUCAUAUCUGAAAAUUGUGAAGAAUUUAGAUCUCAUUUCUGAGUCAGCAUUGCCCGGAACAGAACAAUCAAACUUUGUGUUCACAUGAUCCUCUUUAAAAAGACUCAACCACCUCCACCUCUAACCAGUCAAACCAGUUUUUUAGAUACUUAUUCUGAAAAAAGAAUUUCAGGAAUUAGUUUAUUUUCUAAUUAAUCCUAAAAUAAAUGGUCUUUUCUCUAAAUUCAUCAAAAAUAAAUUGUAGAUAUUGUCCACACUGGAUGUGGUAUAAUAGGUACAACUUCUGAAUGUAUGCAAAGUAUUUUUAACUAGUUAACUUCAAGUUUAACUGAACAGCACUGGUGAGAAUAGUUUGUAUAUAAAGUGGGUUCCAACAGUCUGAGACCAGAUGUAUUCUAUUUCAAAUUAUACUAUUAUCACAAGAGUUUUAUUAAGUAAACUUCAGCUGUGUAUUUAUAAAUAUCUAUCUCUGUAUAAAAUCAUGUAAGUUAUAUAUGUACAGUGCAUAUGAAGUAUAUAUAUAUAUAUAUAGACAGAACACUAUCUUAUAUUUAUG